AGCCACCGCACCUGGCCUCAAAUCUUUUAAAAGUUAACUUUCGGGAAAGAUGGCGGAACAGGCUACCAAGUCCGUGCUGUUUGUGUGUCUGGGUAACAUUUGUCGAUCACCCAUUGCAGAAGCAGUUUUCAGGAAACUUGUAACUGAUCAAAACAUCUCAGAGAAUUGGAGGGUAGACAGCGCGGCGACUUCCGGGUAUGAGAUAGGGAACGCCCCUGACUACCGAGGGCAGAACUGCAUGAAGAGGCACGGCAUUCCCAUGAGCCACGUUGCCCGGCAGAUUACCAAAGAAGAUUUUACCACGUUUGAUUAUAUACUAUGUAUGGAGGAAAGCAAUCUGAGAGAUUUGAAUAGAAAAAGUAAUCAAGUUAAAACCUGCAAAGCUAAAAUUGAACUACUUGGGAGCUAUGAUCCACAAAAACAACUUAUUAUUGAAGAUCCCUAUUAUGGGAAUGACUGACUUUGAGACGGUGUACCAGCAAUGUGUCAGGUGCUGCAGAGCGUUCUUGGAGAAGGCCGACUGAGGCAGGUUCAUGUCCUGCUGUGGCCAGCCUGACUAGACCCCACCCUGAGGUCCUGCAUUCUCAGUCAGUGUGUAAUCAUGUUCCAGAGCCCAAAUACCCAGUUCUUUGUUCAGUUGACUUACUGUUUCUUACCUUAAAAAAUAUUGUAGAUGGAAAUCAGUUAUGUUUGGCAGAAGAAUCAAUAAAAUUAUUUGAUUCUGACAGUUUAUGGGGUAUAUUAAGUAUUCUUAGACUAGCUGAACAUCUCACUUUGCCCCAAUUACAAAAAUAGUAGAACAAGGAACAUAAAACAUAAUGAAGGAAAACCUCACUUGAAGGCCCAGGUCAGCAUCUAAGCCCACUGAGACUUAGAUAGUCAAGUCUACCUCUUCAGUAGGUUUGUGUGGAUGGCCUGAUGGAGGGCAGGUGCCCUCUGCUCCCUGUGCUACCUCUCUCUUCCCCAGGGCCUUUUAUGGAUUGACAGUAGCCCUCUCCAUAGGAGCUCACAGUCUAGAUUAGAAGUGUUUUAAUUUAUACACACCCAUAGUGCACACUUGUAUAUUGAAAAGAUAGGGAAGAGAGAAACAUUUAUGGAAACAGUCGUUAGCACCUUCAAUACUUCAUGAUUUUUGUCGAGUUUACUUCAUGAGGAGGUCAGCUCAUUUGCUCCCAUCUGAACCACUUUGCCUCUGAAACUUAAUUAUAUCCAGAAAGAAGGACGCUUGUAUGCUAGUCUUAACUAUGGUCAGUUGAGGAAUAUGACACUUUUUAUAUGCACAUGUAACCCAAAUGUCCAAUAUAAAUUGGCUUAUUUUUAAAAAUAAUUUUAAAAGUUGGGAAACGCUUUAUUAUUUGGCAUGCUUAAAUAUUAAGUAUUCUUCAUCAGCAUUUAAUAAAUGUAUAGGCAGAUAUAGGUAAUUUCUGUGUAUUUUGAGAUAAUGUUGAAAUCAUGAAUAUUUCAAAAUAAACUGGGGAGUUAUAAAAAUACAACUAGAGAUAUAAAAAA